AUGUCAGAACAUGUUAUAAGUGCACUUUUUGACACUUGGGAAUUGCCUGAUGGCUUGUCAAGUAUUGGGAGGGUAAGUCCGCUCAGUGCAGCGAUAUAUCUGUCUGAAUGCGAAGUUACGAAGUUUGAGGCUUUCAUCGGAGAAUGGUCGGAUACGCUGAGCUUCAGAACUAAUAUCGGAUACCAUCUGGUCUUUAAACACGAUAAUGUCCGGUAUCCUGUGAACCAUCUCCGCAACGUAGCCCUGGAGAACGUUAACACGCCAUACGUGUUCCUGAUGGACGCAGAUUUUGUUCCUAUGGCGGGCCUGUACGAGCAUCUCCGCGCUGCCAUCAAACUCACCAACCCUUAUCCACAGAAAAAGUGUCUGGUGGUGCCGGCAUUUGAAACGCAGCGAUACCGCGCCUCAGUGCCCCGGUAUAAGUCAGCGCUGCUGUCGCGACUGGCGAAUCAGCGCGGGGGUGAUGUUGCCCCUUUCCGAGCCAGAGAAUGGCCCAGGGGUCACCGAGCCACCAACUACUCCAGGUGGGCGGAGGCAACUGCCCCAUACGAGGUGGAAUGGCAGUCUUAUUAUGAGCCGUAUCUGGUUGUGCACAGAUCAAUACCGAAGUAUGACACGCGGUUCUCUGGCUUCGGAUGGAAUAAGGUGUCACACAGCGUGGAGUUGAAGGCCCAAGGAUACCGACUUGUGGUAUUGCCAGAUGCCUUCGUGGUGCAUACGCCCCAUGCACCCUCUCCAGAUAUCACGGCGUUCCGAGGGAAUCCCCACUAUCGAAUAUGUCUGGCGCUGCUAAAACAAGAAUUCCUGGCCGAUUUGAACAAGAAAUACAACAUCACCUUAGAAACUGCGAACGAACCACCUCACUUCGGUCAAGUUAAAUAGAUCAUGUAAAAAGUACAUUGCGGUGGGAAACGUAAUAAAUGGUGGUAUAUAAGUGCCUAUGACAUGAAAUUGUCAGUGUUAGCGUCAAAUAGCAAUAAUAUAUAGACAUUCUAGAUAACAUCACAGGAUACUGAUGUGAGGGUUAAGUUAGAAUUUGCAGAAACUGCUUGAAAACUUCAAUAGAAACUUACCCUUACAAUGUCUCGUUAAGGUGAAAUAGGAAUAAGCACAUAAAAUCUCGAGCCCUUAAUUUUUUUUUUAUGACAAUAAGGGACGAGACGAGCAGGAUGUUCAGCUACUACAGCUACUCAGGAUUCUUGAAAAACCCAAAAAUUCUGAGCAGCACUACAAUUGCGCUCGUCACCUUGAGAUAUAAGAUGUUAAGUCUCAUUUGCCUAGUAAUAUCACUAGUUCCGGCGCCCUUCAGACCGAAACACAGUAAUGCUUACACAUUACUGCUUCACGGCAGAAAUAGGCGCCGUUGUGGUAACCCAUAAUCUAGCCGGCAUCCUGUGCAAAGGAGCAUCCCACUGGUGAAAAAUAGAGUAAUAACGAAAUAUAAUAGAAGAGAAAUUCAAAGAAUUAGUCAAUUUUAGGGACAAAUAGAAAAAAACUCGAGAAUUUAAUAACUCGUGGGUUAAAUAACUAAAAUAUUCAGAGAAAAGCUUGAGCACUUUAUUACCAUGGAUUGCCAGACAGAGGCAACUUAUUGAUUGAGGCAAUUUAAAAUUAUCUCUGAAUAAGCAAUAUGAACAAUUUUUUUUUAAGGGACGAGACGCACAGGACGUUCAGCUGAUGGUCAUUCAUACGUCUUACCCAUUACAAUGCAGGGCCGCUGAGGAUUCUUGAAAACCCCAAAAAUUCCGAGCGCGGAUUACUACAAUUGCGCUCGUCACCUUGAGACAUAAGAUGUUAAGUCUCAUUUGCCCAGGAAUUUCACUAGCAACGGCGCCCUUCAGGCCGAAACACAGUAAUGUUUACACAUUACUUCUCCACGGCAGAAAUAAAUAGGUGGAAUAAAGAUAAUUUCACUUAGCCGACAAUUGGGCUACAUCGUUUAGUUAAUGUAUGAGUCAAACCUUUCAGUUCCUGGAAACUGAUCGCGCUAUAUUCCUCAGAUCAGCGUGAUAUUGACUCUCGCGCAGCAUUCUGUGAUCUUGCUUAUAAUUAGGAUGAUUUGAGUGAAUGUAUCAGAAAGUUAUUGAACCAAGCUAUAAGACCAUGCAAAAUAAACCAUCUUAUAAACAAAAUAAGGGUCAAAAUUUGGUGAGGGAGUAGGGUGCUGUACGGUAUAUUCGGUUUUGGUGUAUCUGAAAAAUCUAGUGCCCCGGAGCUCCGCCGAUUUGGGAAGGACUGUUAUUGUUAGGGUCAAAUCAUCAUCAUCAUCAGCCGGAAGACGUCCACUGCUGGACAAAGACCAAAGAUUUCAACGACGAUCGGUCCUGCGCUGCCCUCAUCCAACGUAUUCCGGCGUUCUUGACAAAAUCGUCGGUCCAUCUUGUGGGGGGCUUACCUACACUGCGUCUUCCGGUACGUGGUCGCCAUUCGAGGACUUUACUGCCCCACUAUGUGCCCUGCCCACUGCCACUUCAGUCACGCAAUCACUAUGAGCCCGCGCAGACAGGGAGCGGUCAGGAGUUCCGAGUUCCGCGUUCGGCGUUCAUUAGAAUAUACUGAGUCUAUAACAAUAACGCACACAGCGGGCAGACUAACCGCGGCGGUCAAAGCGGAACGUCGCGUUCCAAGAGUUGUUUUCCCACCAAGACAGAGAACGCCGGAAUGCCGCGAUGUCUGAGUUUGGAAUAACGGAAAAGUUGAUUGAAUUGGUUAGUGAAAGGAGUUUAUUAAUCGACAUUCGAAUAUAAACAUAGAAUCGUUGUUCAUCUUUAGGUAAAUCCUGAAAAAUAAUACUGAAUUCGCCUUGUUCUUCUCGCAUUGUGUUAAUUGGGUGCACCCAAUACUUCCUUUUCUUCUUAGAAGCUGCUGAGCUUCACAAGAUCAAUAAUUCUUCAUCGGAUGACGAACUUUCUAGUGACAUGUUGCAUGUGCAAAGACCCAAACGAAACUAGAACGCGAGAAUUUGCACGCCGCUUGUGUGUGUUGGAACUCUUGGGCGGUCAACGGUCACUAGAACGCAGAACUCUGACCGCUCUCUGUCUGCGCGGGCUCUAUGUCGGUUACUUUGGUUCUCCUACGAAUCUCCUCAUUUCUGAUUCGAUCUCGCAGGGAAACUCCGAGCAUAGCCCUCUCUAUUGCCCUCUGACCAUUGUUAGGGUCAAAUAGCAAUUAUAGGGAGAGCUUAUUUUCAUAUUUUAUUUAUCGGGAGCAUCACACAUUUAAAUUUUUUUUUUUUUUUUUAACCAUUUAUUUCUGAUACAACAUUAUAAAACGAUGUAUACAUAUUAUUCUGCCAAACUGCGCAGCAGUUUGUCGGCAGUAAUUCUCGUGUUUCGCAAAUUAUCAAAUCAAUAUUAUGUUUUUGUGUGUGACAAUUUAAAAGUCCCUACCACUAUUUCUUAAGUCUAUUUAUUAUGGACAUUGUGCUAAGUAGAACUUUCGCAAUAAGUUUUUCACCUGAUUUUUUGUUUUACAAUUCGACAAUUGUGACGCUAUAUGGGUAGUUAAUUCAUUUAUUAAUGUAGGUAUUACCCAUUGCAUGCUACGCAUACCGUAAUAAUUACAUAUUUUAGGUACCACUAGCUUGUUUUUGUUAGAUAGCCGAGUUGAGUAGGUAUGCACUCUCUGUACUACAAAUUUAUUUAUAUCUCGAUAUUGUUCGAUUAACGUUAAUAAUUUUACCUUUUUAUCAAUUGGAAUAAUACUACAUAUUUUAAACAAGCGUUCAUAGUUCCCGUUAAGUUUGUUUUUUACAUUUCUGUUCACUAAGAGCUUUAAUGUUCUUAUUUGCAAAGUUUUGAUUUUAUUUUUAUUCGUAGUAAAAGUUAGUCCAUAGCUACUCAAUCCGUAACUAAUUGUUGCCUCGACCAAAGAGUGAUACAGGGUGUACAAAAUAUUUUUACCCACCGAUGACUUUAAGUGAUAAAUUUUACCAAAUACUGUGCGGAGUUUCGAACAUACUGAGUUAACAUGUGCAUUCCAUGAGAAAUUUUUAUCAACAAUGAGCCCUAGAUAUUUAUACGACGUUACCUGUUCCAACUGACUACAUUGACAUAUUUGUGAGGAACUAUGCAAGCAAGAGUAACUAUGUCCUAUUAUUUUAAUUUUAAUAUCUUUAUAUUGACUAUAUGGUGAGAAUAUAGGCAUACAUUUUGUCUUUUCCAUAUUAAUAAUAAUUCCAUUGUCAUGUGCCCAUUUAUUAAUAUUAUUAAAAUCUUGUUGCAAUAUGAUUUGAAUAAGAUUUGGGUCUCUACUACUAUACAAUAAACAUGUGUCAUCAGCAUACAUAUAUGCUUUACAAUUUUUUAUAACUUUGCUCAUACUGUUCACAUGAAUACUAUAUCCUAUCGGACCAAAUAUGGAGCCAGUUGGAACACCAUUUAAUACUGUACCUGGAUCAGUCUCUGCUCCAAGGACAUUUACUUUAAGUAGCCUGUUUUUGAAAUAGUUUUGGAACCAGAUUUUAAUAGGCCCUCGUAUACCGCAUUCAUCCAUAGACUGCAAUAAGGCGUCGUGCUCCAGCGUGUCAAAAGCCUUUUUAAAAUCUAUAAAAAUAGCUACCACCAAUUGUUUUUCAUUUAAAUAAGUAUUAACAUCAUUAGUAAAAGAAGUAAGCGCUGUUGUUGUACUUCUAUUUGGUCUGAAACCAUGUUGUAUGUUCGAUAUAAUAUUAUUAUUUUCCAGAAAUGCUACUAAUUGGCCGACAAUGACCGACAAAAUAAAAUCAUUUUUAAAAAUGUGUAAUAAUUAAUAAUUAUAUGGGUUUCAAUUAGUGUUUUUUUUUAAACAUAACAGACGCAAUGAGCUCUGAUGCAUUGAAUGCAAUCAAUGUAUGAUUCACCAAAAUUUUAGAAUCAAUUUUUUUUUUAAUAUAUGCUAGUCUUAAGGAACUUGAGAUUCUGUUGUUUAUUUAAUAAUAUAAUAUUGUACAAUAUUUAAUUUUAAGAGUUGUUCGUUUAUUUUUAAGUGCUAAUCUCUGGACCUACUAGUCAGAUGUAAAUCAUUCUUAUACACGAAAGAAGCUUUAAAUUACAAAUUACAUGGUAUUUUCUUUGAUUAACGCGAGUGUUACACAUUUAAAUAAAACACUUUUAUAUGAUUAAAACAGUUACAAUAACACGCGUUUUAAUCCUUUAAAAGUGUUUUGUUUAAAUACAAAUUACAUUAUUAAAGUACAACCUCUAUAGUCUGUUCGCCUAGAGUUGAUAAAUAUUAUGAAACGUCUGGGAUAGCGACAGUCGCUAAAUUAUCUGUUUUGUGGUACAGGGCUCGCAGCUGUUGUAAAGCGCAACAAAGCCCGUGGGUAAAAUGAGUUAAGAAAUCCUGAUAUUCGAUUUGAAGUGAUCAAAACUUGCAAUUUCACCCUCGUAUUUUCAUUGAGGUGAUAAUCUGUCCCUUAUAUCCUUAUUUGCUUAACUUUAUUUUUUUAUGACAGUAAGGGCGUCCCUUAGUGUCCUAAAAAAAUUCCUUCCACGUACAAGAUUUUUUUUCAUGGAAAUUAGGGACGAGACGACCUUUUUUUAAAAACAUUUUGUUGUAAGUAUUGUGUUUUUUUAAUGAAAAUAAGGGAUGAGACUAGCAGGACGUUCAGCUGAUGGAAAUUGAUACGCCCUGCCCAUUACAAUGCUGAUCAGGAUUCUUGAAAGACCCAAAAAUUCUGAGCGGCACUACAAUUGCGCUCGUCUCCUUGAGACAUAAGAUGUUAAGUCUCUUUUGCCCAGUUAUUUUACUAGCCACGGCGUCCUUCAGACCGAAACAAUAAUGCUUACAUAUUUCUGCUUCACGGAAGAAAUAGGCGCCGUUGUGGUACCCAUAAUCUAGCCGGCAUCCUGUGCAAAGGAGCCCCGCACUGGUCAGUAAUAUAAGUAAAAUAAAUCAAUGUCAGUGGCAGACCUGUCCAAAUAGGACUAUUUCAAUUGAAUACACAAUCGAAUCGUAUCAACAGUGAUAUUUGUUUAGUAAAAACUAUUAUUUUGAUAUUAAAAACAAACACUUUAAUUUUUAUUUACAGAUUUCUAAUUCUGUGAACAGAAUUUUUAUUUAUAUCAUUGUCACAGAUAAUAUUUUGUCUUCCUCGCAGUAUUUUUAUUUAGAGUUUAAUAAUUAUAAGUCUUAAUUUUAAUGAAUCGCCUGUUCGUCAUAAUAUUAUUAUUGUUUUUGCGUAGUGUUUUUGUUUAUUGAAUAUGAGUUCCUUUUAAACCAAAGUCAAUUAUAGUUUUCAUAAUAAUUAUUAUUAAUUGAUAAUUUUCUUUACCAAAGCUUAUCACUUGUACUCAAAUAAAAUAUUUAUAAUUAUUGUUGUAUCAAAAAGGUGUUGUAAUUUACUUUUUUUAAAUAAAAUAUUUGCAUUUUA